AUGGAGAUUGCGCUGGAAGAACUCAUGUUGGAGGAAGAGGACAAAAAUACUCAUGUCAUAGCCAAGAAAAGGAGAUUGAUGCCUGGAGCCAACACUCAUGCUCUGGACUGCAAAAAUAUGUUUGCGAGAUCCCUGGACAUUAUCAAGAGUACCCUUGAUACAUAUGGAGCAGAUGUUUGUCUGCAGCCUAACACCAUGAUGCAGAACACGACGAACAUGAUAAGCUCCCUCCAGGCAAAGUACCCCUGGAUGUCGGACCAACUGAGACGUCUGAUCAUGAUGGCCGUUCACAUGGCCACUGGCAAAAUCGGUGAUAAGCCUAUGUUGCCAGACGCCGCGGCCAUUACCUGGAUGGUAGAAGGUGACUGUCACAUGCGUGUCCACAAAGGUUUCCUUUUCAUCUGCGAUGACGAUGGAAUAUUCCGACGCAUGAAGCCCGAAAUCAAUCGAGAUGCAGUUUCGGUUGCUAACGCCAUCGCCGCGGACAUGCAGAUCUUUGAGAAGUUCGCGGUCGCGAUCAAUCCGGACAAGAUGCACGUGAAUCGUGGUGGCGUUGGACAGAGUUUAUAUUCUCUCCACCUCUCCGAAAUGUACAAGCACAAUCACAGCUAUUUCGACCCGAACAUUUGGCACCUCGACGAAGAACUACGAAAACAAGUUGAAUCGUUCGCGAAGUGCUUCGUCCUGACGGGUCAAGAAGCUCCGGAAACGAAUCGCAAGAUGCACAUCGACCUGUACAAAAAGACAAUUUCAGGCGAUGGCAUUAUGGGCAGAAAGCCCUAUGGAUACAGCACUCGCAUGUUCCAAAUGAUUGGGUGGACAAGGCUGGAGGUGAACAGGGUCAUGGCUUUCCUCGGUGUGACCAAUGGCAAUUUCAACUCCAUGUUCAGACGCUCCUUCGUGUGGAAAGCCAAGGCCCGCUUCGUCCAUGGCAAGUUUCUGCGACAUUAUCCAGAUCAUGAGAAGGACGGUAUUGUCGAAGCUGAUCCCAGCCUCAGCAAGUUUCUGUCCACAUCACAAGCCUCUAUUGCGGGAUUGAAGUUGCAGUGGGCCUUCGAGGUGGAUCACAGUAUGGAAGACUGCUACCAACUCAUCGAAGACUACUGCAAUGGAGGCGACGGUCGUUUGACCGAAGACAUCAUGAGAGAUGCAUGCGGACUGCCUGUACGAGUUCGUCAGGAGCAAGAGGAAGAAGGUCUGGGCAAUGUCAUGGCGGCAGGCAAAGACAGUGCGGACGAACGUGACGAGAAAGACCAGGAAUGGACCAACUUAAGAAACUAUCUCACCACGUACAUGCUGGAGAAAGAGUUGGACGUCAUGACGUUCCACGAGUUCAAGAAGAUGAACUUCAAGCCAGACCAACACCCGAAUCUGGCCAAGGGAGUCAUGUGGGAUCAACUUGAGGAGAAGGGCAUCGUUCGCAAGGCUCUUAGUAGACAGAAAACCGGCAAAGAAAAGCCUGGCGCAUGUAUCCCCAAAAUGACCUUCAGCAGAUCUCAUGCUGAUAUUUGCCCACAGGCUGCGUUGGACGAUGUUCGAACGCAAUUCCAGGAGGAGCAAGACAUUGGAUUGGUAAAAAAGUAUGCCUACAGCUGCCGUGGUCGAAGCAUGAACGUGGACACCAUGAUGGCAUUCUACAAGGCAAUGAUCCCCGCCUCCAAGAAAGGACGCCGCACAGCAGAAGCAGAAGAAAUCAUGCAUAAGUACCAAUCUCUCAUCCGGAAGCUCGAAGAUCACGAAAACUGCCUUCAGCAGGUUGUAUCAACAAAGCAUGGAAGACGCUUGCGAGGCAAAAAGUCGGUGGAGGAGGACGACCAUGCGUCGGUCGAUCAUGUCUCGCUGGAUGGAAAAAGUUGGACUUCUCUGAAACACAGCCGCACCGUAUCGUAUGGGUAUUCUGACAAGGUACAGUACACGGUGCGAGCACGCCGCUACACCAACAAUGGUGGAGUGCAGUCCAUGUCCCGUCGACUGCAAUCUCACGUUGUAGACGGUCAUACAGUCGAUUUGGAUAUUCAGAACUGUUGUCUUACAUUGUUGCAGCAGAUCAUUGCUAAGGUGGAGCCACAGCCAUCCAUGCCUGACAAUCUUGUGAAACUUCUGGAUCGGUUGGCGAAUAAUCGAACAGCUGUGCUGAAUCAGCUCGGGCUUCAUAUCGUGGAGGGCAACGAGAUGAUCAUCACUGUUCUAAACAGUGGCAACCCAUUUCCAUCAUUGAAAAACAAUGAGAUUGUCUAUGGUCUACAAAAUCACAUUGGGACGUCGCAGGAUGACUUCAUCAAGGAUUGUGAGAAUGCAAUCAGAAUGCGGACUGGCUUCAUGGUGAAGAUUGUGGAGAAAAAGCAUUUUUCCUUCAUCGACUUGGUAAAGAACAGAGGUGUUCAUGCCAAUUCAGUUACGAAUGUACCUGCUCUUCUAUUGCAACCUGGCAACUGCAUACCCUGUGCCGUCUGGCACAUGAUGCCACUUCUUAGACCGGCUGUGGUCGCUGCGAUGUCAAACGAGACAUUGGACAAGAACAUUGAUGGCAAGAAAAUGAAAUACAGAGAUUACCGUUCUGUAGCAUCCAUGUGUUCAAUUGAUCUCGCCAGCUGUGUUGGUCUGCCGGAGUCGCAUGUGAAAUCCUUCGUUAUACAUUACGAAGGACAGGGCGUCCCACACUGUUUGGCUGUCAGAGUCGAUGCUGCUGGGAAAGACGUUACAAUCCUGGAUGGGGCCACGGUGUACAAGCUCAACAUGGCAACGCUUCGAGAAAUCCAUUCUGCAGCCGUGGAUCACGCCACCAUGCUGUCGUAUUGGAAACCAGAUCCCCGCGACAAUAUCGAUGACAAAUCCGCAUUGUUGCUGGAUAUGGUUGCAGGUGCACGUGAGGCUCCAAAUGAUUCCGAAGAAGAUACUUGUGAUGUGGUCGACGCCUCCGCUGCAUCCGGCAUCAACAGGAUAUCGUUCGAUGAAGACAAUGUGCCGGUUUUCAGCGACAACAUCAUGAACCGCUUGUGUGAGGAAGCAGACUUCGUCAUGAAAGAUCUCUAUAGAAUUUCAGAAAGAUGUGAGGGCAGAAGAAGGUGUCCUCCGUGUCCAUUCAGGUCUUUCUUUCAACUUCGGCUGUUGAGAACGCACAUCGCGAAACAUCAUACCAGAAAGGAUCAGUACGUGUGCUCCGGCACGAAACAGAUCAAGAUUAUAUUGGCUCUUUAUGAUCACGCAGCUUCUUCGCAAACUACAUCUUCGAACAUGUUGCAGGAGAGUGCUGGUAUUCUCAGAUCAAUGAUCCAGCCAUCACUGUCAUUUACACAAAAUCACAUCGACAAACAAAUUCGGUUGAUAUUCGAUGCCACCGGGCCACAGUACGUCAAUGUCACCAGUCUUGGCCAAAGUGUGCAAGUCAGACGAGUCCGGAACUUGUACUACACACGCUCCUUUGCAGAUCUCCUUCUACGAGAAAUGGUGUUGAAUCAUGCACAAGUUCGAACGGUGUCUACGGGAUGUCAUAUGUUCGCCUUCGAAUCCAACAACAAGCUGGCUAGCUUACUACCACGACGUUCUCAGCAUUGGAUGCCUAUGCUUGAAGACAUCGCAACAUCUCCUGCGUUCCUUGGUAAGAUGGAGAGCAUGAGCAAUGUCCUUAUGCAACAAUAUGAAUGGCAUCAUAUCAGCAUGGACGCCACUCUGAAACUGUGCAUGAAGCUGAUGGGCCAAGCCUCCUACAGAUCGCCGAAGGCUGUGCGGGACGAAGCGCCCUUUGGAGACGAUGUGGCGUGGCGGAGACUGCUGACCGUUCGCGGUCGCACGGGUGCAGUCCUCUUGAUGCAUCCACUUCAAAACGAAUCGUCAGAGCAGCUUGUGGAGGCACUAAGCCAGAACUUCUCCACAGAGCAGCUUCAGGCGGUGGUGCACAUUGGCACGGACAGCCCAUCCGAGAAACUCUUCGGUCAGUUGCAGAGCAUAUGCCCAUGUAUGAAAUCUCUGAUUCUCGAUCCCAUUCACCUGGCUGUUGUUUAUGAGUACGGAUUUUGGAACAAGAAGAGUCCUGGAUCUAAACAGCUUCGUCGCAUACUGAAGAAAUGUACUGCCGUGGAUGACGAUCUGGGUCGUGAUUACUGGGGUCCAUUCUACGAUGGCAGGAACCCCAAUCCGUCGAACGAAGCUGAGAUAAAGUACAGGGAUAUGAUUUCGAAUUCAUCCAUGACUCCAUCUGAGAGCAAGAACAUCCUGGACAAGCUGGACAUGCAGGUACCGUUCUCGGACCGCCUGGAGUUCAUCAAGGCACUGGCUGCACUAUGCCAACGAUAUCCCAGUGAAGUCAACAAAAAGAUUGCAGGUGCCAACAAGCAGAUCAAUAAGAUUCUAUGGUCUGCAUGCUCGCCCGAUCGCUUGGAGUGGAUGAUGGACAACUUGCAUGUAAGACACGCCAUUCAACCUUCGUAUCGAUGGUUCCUGCCAAGCGGGACGUCGAGUAACGAAGCUCUCCAUGCCGAAGUGAAUUCCUGGACUCGAAGCAUCACUGCGAUGCAUCGCUCUACUUUGGCUAUGAAGCUAAUGUACUUCAGAUACAUUAAGUUACUGUUGCACUAUCUAUCUGUCCAGUAUCCUCUAUCGCAUGUGGUGAGUGCUAGUAUGCUGCUAAGCAGAUCCCUGCACUCAUCGCUGUGGUACGGUGAUGACUGGACCGUGUGGUGCCCUGAACAAUCGUCAGAGACAGUGCCCAAAAAGGCCACACUUCCUUUGUCCUCUGCCAACCGGCAUGAGGCGAAACUGGUUCGGCAAUACAUACAGAAGAAACCUGCUUGUAAAGGACGCAAGAACCACAUCGUCAAGAGACGUAUCACGCCACUAUCCGUUAAACGGAUGCACACACUGCGAAGUGCAGGCGUAAAGGCACACCGACGCGAUUGA